GUUUUGUGUCACGGUUGAAGGAUCGUACUGCAGAGCGUGUUCUGCUGCUGUGACCUGGAAAGACCCCCUUCACUACUUCAAAGAAAGUCAGCAAGAUGAGGACAAAGGGGGUUCUGGUCCUGCUCUGCGUGAUCUUAACAUGUGGAGCUCAGAAAUGGAAACAGGAAACCUCAUUACGGGACCCUAAAGCAGAACACACCAGCCGCAACACUUGCUCCAACCUGACCCAGGUACUGGACAACUGGAAAUAUGCCAUCGUAACCCAACUGAAAGACCUCCUGAUCAAUGACCACGCCUCUGUCCUGCCUGAAUACAACAGGAUCCAGCCUCUGUCAGACGCUCUGACAGACCUCUACAGGCAGUUUAACACUCUAAAAGACGAGCUGGGGAGGCUCACCACAAAGUUUGACAGUGUGGAGGGUUUUGUGGAUGACCUCAAGGACGGCAGAUUCACUCGGCCUCAGCGUCCCGUGCAGAGGAUUCCCCCCAGCGUCGGUCUGAGGUCUCCACUGCGAGCACAGAUGAGGGGUCCCGGCAGGGGGAUUAUCAAGGAGCCAACACAUAUCAGAGCGAGGAGGAGAGGGCCACAGAGACCUUAGUCAUAUGCUGUUUUAUUCACUAAUGCUGAUGUAUCAAACAAGAGCUGAUAUGUUUAUAUAUUUUUCAGAAGACAAUGAUUAGUUUUUUUAUUGAUGAGUGUGAUGUGAGAAGAGGUCACAUAAAAAAGACUGGUUUAGUGAUGCAUGGUGUAGAAAAGAUGAUGGAACUUUUUUUUUUAUCUCUGAAAAUGUAUUUAUCUUUGCUUCUUUGUACAAAGUCACUUUCAACCACAAGGUGGCAGCAUGUGUCAAAUUAUCUCCCUGUCAUCCUGCUGCUCUGUGUGUAUUAAUAGCUGGCUACAAAGUGACAUAAGGCCGAAAAGAUAAUCUAUA